AGAAGGAACUUGGGAAUUAAAACAUUGGGAUAAGAUUGGAACGCAUUUUCAUGGGCAUCCCAGCAUUGGUGUUCGGAUUUUAAGUGCAUGGUGCAAGGUUCGAUAUGCUAUGGGUUCUUUAUCACCAAAAAAUAUCUCCAUGGCUGAAUUGCCAACACAAGCUUCAGCUUCUUUAAUUCAGCCUGCUGUCCUGCCAUGUGUUCCAGCCCUUGCUUUGCCUGCAGCCCCAGACCCCAAACCUCCAAACUACAGUUCCUCACCAGAGGACCCAAUCCUGCAAAAAUACCGUGGUCUGGCUGGAAAUGACCCUGCUCUUCCGGCAGCAGAAACAGCUACCCCUUUGCAACGUGCAGUCCUUGCCUGUUCCUUAAUUCAGGAUACUGUGGCAUUCCCUGUUAUUGUGCCCACUGCUGGUGUUCCAGCAGGAACUCAAGCCCAGCUGUUGGUGCCAGAUGACAUCAAGCUUUUGGCACGUACAGUUUUACCCCCAUCAGCUGGUGUAUUAUUUGCUCACGAAUGGGAAAGUGCCUGCCGUGGUUAUGCUCCAGCCUUGUUACAACAAAUCAGAGGAAAUAAUCCAAAUAUUACCCUCGCAGAUGUCAUAGAUGCCAUGAUGGAGCGUGGCACCUUUGCUCAAGCUUCAGUACAAGCCACACUGCUGCAGAUCUUAUUGAGGGAUACUGCUCUUGCUGCUCAACAAGCAAUGAGAAAAAUCCCGGAACCCACCAGUAUCCAGUCUAGGUGGGGUUCAAUCAGACAAGAACAGUGGCCUCCACCAAAAGAAAAAACCGCAGCAAUGGCACCAUCUCGUUUUUGAACAGCUUAUUUCUGAACAAUUGAUUUUUGGCCACAUUGAACCAUCUUCAUCCCACUGGCUCCAGCAGACAGGAACGGUUUGCUUUUACAUUGCCAGUAUAUAACAAA